AUGCAGGGCUCGCGCCGGCGCCUCGACACCCAAGUUCUUAUCAUCGGUUUGAAACCAAUUCAAUUUUUAAUAGUCUUUUUGACGAGUUCGAAACGUUUUAUUGGAGCUUGAAUGUUGCGAAAUGGUGUUCUAGUUUGCCCAGAAUAGGUACAAUGUACAGCCAGAUCAAAGAAUGAGAUGAAUGGAAAAAUGGUGAUAAAAGAUGAUACUGUAGUUCAACCUGGGUCGCAAGAAUUAAUAUUGAAAACUAAAAAUUUUUUUUAAAGAGAUGUGAGAAUAGAGUAAAAUCGGCCUGCGCGAAAAAAAUUGUUGGGUUUUUUUGAAAUGAAGGGUCUUAUCACGUUAAAGCUCUACGUGAAAAACUUUAUUAUUUAUCAAAACUUGUCAAAAAAAUUUCAAAAAAAUCCCUACUUGAAGUAAAAAAAUUUUUUUAUUUCUUUUCAAAACUUCUUGCUGAAAAACUCCGUCGGUUUUAAGUUUCUUCAGGAAUUUUAACAUUUACUGUAACUUUUUUUGAAAAAAAUAAUGAUAACUUUUUGAAUCUGUUCAAAAUUUUACUGAGAAUAUACAUUGGCAAUGUCGGAAGAGUCGAAAAGACUAUAAAAACGUUCCUUUUUUGCUGCCCUUUUGCGCCAUUUCAUCGGCUCUUUUGCACCAUUUUUGCAACCUCUUUUUCCACUAUUCUUUGAGCUUUUAAAAUUCUCUAAAAAAUAAAAGGCCCGAUAAGCGGACACUUCUUGAUGCUUUUCUACGGCCACUUCUCUUUUAACGGCAGUAUCCACCAUUCCGACUUUGCCCGAGUUGUCAAGAGCAAAAAAUGUUUCGUUGUUGCUCGGAAACCGUACUUUUUUAUCCUGUAAUUUCCGAAGCACGUCAAUGAACACGUCAUAAAAUUUAAAAAAACUAUUGCCAAAAAGUAAAAAAAGAAUGAAUGGGAUGUUGCGAACGAGACCAAAUAUUUGCCUGCAGGCAACGGUCCGGCGGGACUCGCGCUCUCCGCGUUUCUCUCCGGCGUCCAGCCGUUCUACAACGUCGACCAGCCCCAUCAGAAUGAGCUGAUCCACGAGCGACUCAGCGCCGAUCCGCAUCUCUCCCUCCUCGAACAGGUACCUUUCUUAUGACUGUUAUGAAUUGAAGCAAAUGUUUGGUAAGUUGCAAAGAUAGUAUACUAACCGCUCAGUGUUAUUUAUUAUAAAUGAUCAGGAUCUGAUCAAAGUGUCGAAGAACUUUUUUGCUCGGCCAAAAAGUGCUCUGAAUUCGAAUUUUUUCGCUAAAAACAUUUUUUACAAAUAGUUGUAAACGACGAGCUUUACAAAUGCAAAAAAUUCGGAUUUGCCGAUUUCAUGACUCCAAUUGGUUUUGCAGAAAGCAAAUUUAGUAUUUUUGGCACUGUUUUUUUCUCUUAGCCGCGGCCAGAAAAACGGCGUUAAAACUUAUUGUCGAAAUAUACCGCAAAAACUCAUUCGGAAGAUUUUUUUCCUCAAUUUUUGGUUUUAUUCAAGUAAUUGUUGGUUUUUUUAAAAAUUAGAUAUGACCGAAAUUUAAAAAAGAAAUCAAAAAAAUUACGGUUUGAAUGAAAAAUUUAUAUUUAUUUUUCAAAGUCAGUUUGAAGUAUUAUAAUCCUUUUGAAAAAAAAAAGUUUUCACUGCUCUCAUUAAACAUUUGGAUUUGUUAAACUUCGAAUCCUUGGAUACAAAGAGAGUAUUUGCAAAAGUGUCGUUGAUAAAUUUUAUAAAUCACUGAGGGAUUUAUUUUGAUAAGAAAUAGAAAAUAUCAACGAAAUGAAGUUUUUUUCCUCGUUAUCAUGGGAUUUGAUAAGAUUCUCGUGCGUGAAGAGUGGGAAGAAAUAAUUCAAUAGACCGUUUCCUGAUUCGAGUUGUAGGAUUCAGGAUUUUUGCGGAAGAGGAGUAAAAAUAUUAUUUCUUAAAAAGAUGACGUUGAAAAGAGAUGGAAGGAAAUACAAAUAAUAAAUAUUUUUGAAGUUCAAAGCUGUUGAAAAAUUUAUGAGGUUGUUGUUGUUUGUUGUGAUUUUGCUGAGGCCUGAAUUUGAUGUCAUCUUGGACCAGUUCAAAUUGAGUUUUUAUUUGGAGUGUUCGAAUGGAAGGGUUUUUUUCCGCUAGAAGAAAUGGAGUUGAAAUUUUGAAAUUUAUUUAGUUUUUCCAGUUCCAAGUGGUGAUCAUUUAUGAAUUUCAAACAAUGGUAAUAAUUUAUUGGACAUUUUCGGCUUUUUUAAAGGCUCAGAAAGCGUCCCCAGCUGAGUAAUCAACUUCAGAAACAUUAUUUUCGCCGUCAAACAUCUCAAAAAGCUCUCAAGAGCCGAACGGACCGUAAAAACCAAAAACUAAACUUUAAAAAAAGCAAAAAAAAGUUCUUGACAAAGAACGGAAACCUCGUGGGUGCGUUUGUUCUCAAGUAAAAACGAAGGACAGACUGGUAAACAAAGAGUAGAAAAUAGCAAUGAGCCAAAAACCCCGUGAAAGAUCGAGCGGAAGGAAGGAAAAAAGCUUUGUAUUUUGAGAGGUUCUUAGGGUUGAAUUUCACCGGAGCGAAGAGCUAAAGAUGAAUUUUCGGAGAGUUCAGAGGCCAAACUCUGAGAAAAGAAAGCGGAGAAAGGUCUAAAUUUGAGCUUUUAGGGGGAAAACGUGAUGGAUAUUAGAAUUUUUGGACUUUUUGCUUCUUUAAUAAGUCAAAGGAGCUUGGAACAAAAGCUUAUGAAUCGCUGUAAGAAAGGAUAAAGAUUAAAAAAAGCUUUUUUCGUGGCUCUGCAAUAAUCCAUUCAUUCAAUCAUUUGAGUCAUUACACCGUUUAUCUCUCUCUGCAAAGUCAUCGUUUAAAGAACAAGCGGAAAGUUACACUGAAAAUACGUUUCGGAGGAGGAAUUUCUUUCACCUUUUUUUUAUCAUUGGAAUUUCGGGUUGAUGCCGUUUUUGUGAAGGUUAUCAUGCACUUUUUAUCACUUCACAAAUGGACGAAAAAUGAUGGGCGAUUUUUCCAAAUGAUGGAUUUAAUCGGUUAAAUAAAGUUAUUUUUAAGGAUUGAAUAAAAUUGAAAGAGAAAAUUUCCAAUCAGUUAAACUUUUCGAAAGCCAUAGCAAAGUGGCCAUUCAGCUUUUUUCGAGCUUUGAUUUUCAGCAAAUAAGAAAAAGCUGAAAAAAAUGACGUCAGUGAGCUCUGAGCGACCAAACUACGCUCUAUGUUUGUUUAAGCUACAAAAAGAGAAAAAUUAAAAAUUUUUCCCUGACUCAUCCAGUUUGGAAAAGCUACAAAUUAACGAUUUUUUGCUUUGAGCUUCUUUAUAAGCUUUUCAGAGUUUCUUGGACAAUUUAUUGAACUUGAAUCGACUCCAAGAUAUUCCUUGUAUGUGAAAAUUCAUUGAAACCCCACUUUCGGCUUUUUUUUGAGACCAUCAAUUUUUUUUUCACUUUUAAUCCGAGCAAAUGUUUGCCUUUGUGACGUUGUGAUGAUGGUGGAAAUGUGGCGGUCGGAUUUCCGUUUUUCUUGGGGGCUCUUGUUUCAUGCUUUAAUUUUUUUUUGUUCUUUUUGAACUCUUUUUUGUUUGUUUGACGUAGACGCGUUGAAAAUUGAGAAUGUGGAAAUUGGGGGACCUUUUUUUGGUGUUGAAGUUUGUUUGGAAGAAUGUAGCUUUAUCGAUAGGAGAGCUGAGUACCGUAAGCUCAUGAGUUUUCCUAGAAAUUACUUGAAAACUAAUUAGGAGCUAUCGUAUGAUGAUUAUGAAGGAAAUUAAUUGAAAAACUGACAAAAAUAUAAGUGAAAAAGAGCUUUUUUUCCUAAUUUUUCAUUUCCUAAUUGGUAAUUUCUUUGUUUUUUUAAUAACACUUUUCUAUGGUUACAGUAGGCCUAUCAUUUUGUUAGAAUUCGCCUCGAAACUCAUUAAGAGUUACCGCAUAAUGAAAACUUGUCAGCCCAAAUAACAUGUUAUGUGUCUGGUUAAGAAGAAAAAAAGGUGAUAAUUCAGGUGUUAUUAUUCGCUUUUCAUGACUGAUUUUAUGGAAUUGUUUGUCACCUGCCUUCUUCUUUUUUUAUCUCCUUAUGGUCAUAGUUGAAAACAUGCAAUUAUUCAUUUAUAUGACUGAACAGGGAUCAAAAACUGAGAAUUGUCAUCAAAAAUAGGGUUUCCGAACGGAUAUGUUUUUUUUCGCUUCUCUUUUGGGGAGGAUGCUGACAAAUUGUUGUUUUUGGGAGAGAGAGAGAGGAGGAGAGAGAGAAACGCGUGCUGGGGCGUACCACUUUUAAGCUUCUCGUUUUUUUUUUCUGGAUGAAGAAAACAAAAAGAUGUCCUGAUCAAAAGAUCGGAGAUUUAAGCAAAAGUUUAAAAGAAUGGUGGCACGAGAUUUUCGAAAAUUGGUUUUUUUUUUCGAAACUUAGUUUGGUCCGAAGAAUCUAUCAGGAAAAGAGGUUCAAAUUUGAAAAUAAAAGAGAAAAAAGGCUGGAUGUUUUUCUGAUUUUUUCUAGUUGACUGGAGUACUCCAAAAUUUUUAGCAACCAGAAGUAUCAUUCAUUUUUUUCAGCCUAAUUGAGGAACUGAUAAGAUUAUCUACUGAACGCCUUAAAAUUGCUACUCUGAAUUUUUUUUAACGAAAAAUUAAAAAGUUUAAAUGUUUGAAUAUUUGAAUAUUUAUUUCACUCUGAUACAUAAAACAACAUGAACUACAAAUAAAAAUACAUAGUUUGAGCAAGAAUUAUAUUAGAGUGAAAUUAGGACCGGUUUUAAUACGCCCUCACGAGCGAAUUUACCGGUAUAGAGAAUAGGACACGUAGUAGUUGCCAUUUUUUUAAUAGUUUGAUGGCCUAGGCCAAAUAUUGUUCUUCGUUUUGUAUUCUUUAACGUUGAUCUUAAGGUUUCCGCAACGAGAAAGGUUUCCUGAAUGAUUGGAACGUUCAAAAACAGAUAAGGAUUACGGUAGCCUUAUUUUAACAUUUUCGCUUGAGUUUGACGUCUUCCUAGUAUGGUUUCUGUUUUUGAAGCGACUUUUUUCCAGGUUUUUACGGUAGUCUGGUUUUAGGGCUUCCAAUUUUAGUCUUUCUCAAUUUAAAAAAACGACUUCUUAAAACUGGAAUACAUUGAAAAUAAUUAUUCAGUUGAAAAUUUCUCAAAAUAUCUCUAUUUUGGUCGUCUUAACUGAGACCAUUACGUCGCUAAUCCGAAAAAAGUCUGAAGUGAUUCGAUUUGUCGUUGAUUUAGGAACUUUCCCGGAAAUCGAAAAAAUAAAUGCAUUUUUGGUAGGCUGGUUGUCAAUAUUAAGAUUAUCAAGCAGAAUUUGGGAUUUCUCUUUUCCUGGCCUAGGUUAUAGAAUAAUUAGGUUUUCAAAUAGGUAAGAAUUGAGUUUUAUGAAGCAAUGAUUGAAAAAAAAGUUGAGAAAACGUAUUUUGUUUUUGUAGGCUUUUUGGAGGCACGUAAAUUGCCCUGUUUUCGUGGACUUUUUUCUGAAAACAGAAAGGGCACGGAAUUUUCCUUUAACUUCUAGGAAAAGCUGCUAUUUUCAAAGGGAGAAGCGGCAGAAUCAGCGAACGAUUUUCCUUUCUUUUGCAAUGAGAUGGAAAUUUGAUUUGUCAGCGUUAAGUAUUAUCAGUCACGCAGAUUUUCUGCAAAAGUUUUAUCGAAUUAAAUUUCGGAGAGGCCAUGAGAAAAAGGAAACCGGCCGGAAUACAAAAUACAGUGGAAAACCGCUUGAUUUUGAGUUGAAGUGAAGUCUUUCUAUUUUUUUUUUGUUCCAAGGUUGGUGGGUGGUUAGGUUGGUCGGAGAUGAGGGUUCACAAGGAGGAAAUUAUGUCUUUGGAGAGGCUAAGGGACAUUUUGGAUAAAGUUUAUGAAAAAAUAUAAAAUUUGAGUUUUUUUUCAAUCUGAUGGAACGGGCUACAUUGCAAGUGUCGCACAGUUUGCCAGAAAACAGGAUUUUGAGAUUAAAUCUGAGAGGUUUUUAGAAAACAGCUAAUAAAAUUGAGGAAUUUGUGAGUUAAUUUUAUUUUUGAUUUAAAUAAAAAAAAUUCUACAAAUCUAUCGUCAAUUACAAACGUAUUUCCUUCUUUCUUUGAAAAAUUCUUCUGCAGCCUUGUCUCUUGGAAUAAUUUAUUACCUAAGCAGCCGCGAAAAAAUGUUUCCAAUGUGUGUGUGACGGUCACGGGUAAAGCGCGGCAAAAUCUCGUUAUCUCGGUCUGGUUUGAAGAAGGAAAAAUGGAAAGAAGAAGAAGGAGAACACUGGCGAGUGUUUAUUUUCCAUCUUUUUUCGAUAAGAUUAUUUAGGGAUCAGAUUAGAACUCUUUAAAAAAAAAGGGGGCAGGAUUGUCAAGAAAAGAAACUUGUGAUAAUUGAAAAGAUCAGGGAACUAUCUAAGACUUUUUGGCAGUUCGACAUUGUAGGAAGUGGGUGGGAUAUUUCCUCAGAGCUACAAGAAAGCUUUUUGGAAGAAAGUGUAGCUCGAAGGAAAAUUCCAGUUCGGAAAAAUGCGGUAUGAGACGUAAAAAUCGUCAUUUUCAACUUCCAGGACCUGACAUGGUCGGACCAGCUGACGGACCUGACCUCGGCGAGCCGGCCCCUAUCCAUCCUGUACGACAUGCUGGUGCGACCUGGAGUCGACACCGGCGAUCCACGACCCAGCAGCCUUCAGUGGGAGAUGAACCUGGCUCAUGAGAUCCCACACAUGGUCAUUGGAGAGACCUCGAUUGGCGGCAGCUGGAACAACUACGAUCCGGAGGUUAAUCGGCAGCUUUUCUUCCGAAUCCGUGUUCAUCUGAUUAACUAGAAACUCGAUAGCAUCAAUUUUGAUGAGUAUAUUGGCUGGGCAAUGUUGAAAAAAGUAUUCUCACACAGAAAUUUUGGAUCUUUCUCUUUUUUGAGCUCCACAUUCAACUUUGAAAUUGAGUCCUAAAGAUCAAAUUCCUAUGUCUAUUUUGGGACUUGUGACCUGGGAAAUCGAAUUAAGAGGAGAUUACUGUACGAAGUUGACAAAGUUUCGUGCGAGGAAACGAACCCGUGGUCUUUUGAACUCAAAAAUAACCAACUGAAUCAUGAUCAUUGGGCUGAGAAAAGAAAUAUUUAUUGUAGGAUGAUUUUGAGAUCAGAGUUUAUAAAAGCCCCUUGAACUGUAAUUCUUUGAUUUUUAAAGACAGUUUCAAAAGUUUAUUGCCUUCUUGAAGCAUCAAAGAUACUUUUACAGUACUCUCCGCGUUUCUCAAACAACAUUUAUUUUCCCACCUGAUCUUCAAUCUUUUCCUCUCUGAAAAUGCCAAGUUAAACAAUUUGACCGCCUCCUUAGACCGCUUUGAAGUAUUUGCACAAACCACGGAAAAAAGAAAAAAAAACACAUUAAAAGCUUCUUUGAACGAGUUUCCUGAGUCAGAGAUCACAAAAUGCACAAGUUUACUACAUUUGAAGAAAUAAAGUCCUAAAAGACAUUAUAAAAAGUUUUGCAAUACCUUCCUAUUAGGCUGAUUUUUAAUAUUUUCAAAAGUUUUAAGUACGUUUCUCUCAUAAUUGUUCUUUACGUUGAAAAUUUUUCGGCUUGAGCUUGAUUUUCAAUUUGAUCUUCAUGAUAGCAUGUUGGAAAGCUUGACUCAUUAUUUGCAAAAAGAAAAAAAAAGAGGAACCUUUUUUGCACCCGUUCUAGCAUCAAAAAUCACAAGACCCACAUACACAAAAAGCGUGUGCCCAAUCGUUUCGAAACUGCCUGUUUUGUCAUCAUUUUGCGUGUAGGAAACUUUUUAAUGUCGUGUGAGAAGAAAAAAAUCGCGUGGGAAUCAUGAUAAAAGGGAAUUAUCAUCACUUUAUGCUUGCUAAUUAUGAUGAAGAUCAGUGAUAAUUGUUGGAUUUACCUGAAAAGAGAUGAUGUAAAAAAUAAUCGGGGCUUCAUUUUUCCUGAAGGGUUUACCUUUAUUGAAGAAAAAAAAAUCACAAAAUAAGAGAUUGUAGAUAAGAAUGUAUCAAAAAGAAAAGGUGAUUGAGAAUCUUUAAAGUUUUGAGAAUUUUAGAUGCUGGCCGUAUCUUUUGCUCAAAGCCUCGACCUGCCCGGAUAUUCGACGACUGAAUGGCUUGGCGGAACUCCAUUGGUCCCAAGGUGAAUAAAGAAAAACAAGGACAUAAUAAAUUUAAGAAUAGAACUUUUUCAAGAAAAAUGAAGAAAAAAAUUAAAUUCAAAUUCAAAUUUUUAUCUCUAAGCGGUUUUAAAAUGAAUUUCGACUUUAGGCUACCCUCUUGUGCCAUCGCAUCCUACAUGGCCAGCUACGCGGAACAACUUGGGAUCCAAAGAAAUUUCCAUUGCAAUAUGAAAAUUACAUCAGUUAAGGUGAGAAAGAAACAAUUAAAAGCGCUAAGGGGUUUUUUCCAGAAAGUCGAUGAUGUAUGGGUGACUGAAGGCCGGUCAACCCUCGAUAAUCGGCCUUUCACAAUUUGCAGCCGCUAUGUUGUGCUAGCGUGUGGAAAAACUGCUCCCAGGAAGCUUGGGGUUCGUUUUUUUUUCUUUCAAAACGGUCAUAUUUAAAAGUAAAUUGAGCCCACUGCGUCCGACUCAAAACUACUUGCGCAGUACAUCGGAUAGUAUUAGAGAAAAUUUCAUAUCUUAUAGCGACGCUUAAGUCAUUUCAUGAGCGCAUAGAAAAAAGUCAAAAAGUGAAUAUUUAUAAUUUCCAAUCGCUUUCCAGCUCGUUGGCGAGGAAACGUGCAAGAACAUCGUCUACGACACGAAGACGUUCAAAGACCGUCUGGCUAGCGACACCAACCUCGGCAAGGAGUACACGAUCCCGUGAGUCUCUCGAAAACUCUGAAGGAGGUCAUCAACAAAUUCUUCCAGAGCAAUUUCCUCUUCUUCCAAGGCGGUUGUGGUGCUGGGAGAUGGGAUAUCUUCGGCCGACGUUGUCCGGCAUUGUCUGGAAAGGGAGAUUCCAGUGAUCCAUGUGAUGCGUCGAACGGAUCGGCAGUUGAGAAGUGAGUCGCGGAAACUGAAAAAAGAGUUCCAGGUCUUUUGGACGAUCAUUCAAAAUCAAAAUCUUUCCAGACACCAUGAUCUCUCGGCUGUCCCCAACGUACUACGGAGAGUACAACAAGGUCCACCAGAUGAUGAUCGGUCGGCAGGUUGACCCUCUCUACACUCGGAUGACGUCCGCUGAGGUCGUCGACGUCAACGAGAAGACUGUCCUCAUCUCCUCGACGAAGGGGAAGAUUGACGUGAGUUAAGGAGGAAGGCCAAGGCUUUGAAGUAGGGGAAUUGAGCGCUCUAUGAAAUGAAAAAAAUCUCCGAAAAAGCCUAAAUGAUUCAAGUUUCCCGAUUUCAGAUCCCCUACUCGCUGCUUGCCGUCUGCUUCGGCCGCCAGUCGGAUUUCGACACGGUCCUGCAGGGAAAAUACUCCUUCCUACAGUACCACAGCGAAGAGGAUCCGACCCUGUUUGCCGCCGGUUCUUUCGCCGGCGAUCACUUCGUCCGUUACCUCGUCGGCGGAUGUCUUCACGUCGCCAAGGAGAUCAAGGCCAAGCACAGAGCCCAGCAGCUGAACAACAACAACAACGAGGCGUCCACCCUCCGGAGGAAGAAUCGGUGUUGCUGCACGAGGAUGAUGAUCCUCCGGGGCAUCGCUUUCGGAUAA